UUAGUUUGUGGUAAAACACAUGAAAAACACCAAUCAUCAAAAUUUGUAUUUAAUUUUAUAAAUUGCUAAUUUCUGUUAAAAGUGUUCUAAAUUAUGGAAAAAAUGUGUUUGAAUCAUAAAAAAUAACUAAUAAUUGUUAAUGCUAAUGAAUUGCGCAUUACAUAAAUAAUAAAUAGUGAGCGUGACGUAUUUUAUUUUCGACUGGGAAUGGGAAUAUUCAGCUGAUUCUUGUUUACGGGUUAUUUUUUCCUAUUAUUUUUUAAGUACAACAAUCACAGGUAGCCAUGUUUUCAUUCGAGGGAGAUUUUAGGCGUAAGCCUCAGCAAAAUUUAGCAGGCGCAAGUGCACAACGAAAGACUGACAGAGAAGCUCUUAUUCUGCAGUCACAACAACAAAGACAGAAGCGAGAGGAGCACAGAAAACAACUACAUAGUGCUAUAAAAAUUCAAGCAUUUGUGCGAAGCUAUUUAACAAGAAAACAUUGCAAACAAAUAGAGAGGGAGGAAUUUGAUAAUAUCUUCACUAAGUGUGAUGCUGAGAAUCAAAGUUUAAUAACUCUGCUUUUGGCUAAGAUUCUAUUCUUUUAUGAUGACAAAAAGGAUUGUGCAAGAUUGGUUUCCAUAUCACAAGUCCUGCUUAAGCAAUGGAAAAGAGUAUUCCAAAGUUGUGGCUCUUCAAUACAGAUAAGGAGACUUUUAGCAUUGCAUCUUCGCUUAUUGAAGGAUGAUAGCAAGGUACCUUUGGCUGUUCCACUGAGGAUGAUUGAAGUAUUCACAUCCACCAGUUCCUUUGAAUCAUCUAUGACAUCUAAUGAAGUUGUCAAUAAUAUAGGAACAACAUUCUUGUAUUUAGUAAAAAGAGGCUACUUCAAGGACUUGCGUCUACUGCUGUGUCAGAAAACACCACCAUUGUAUGGACCUUCGCCUAACCCGCCAACACAGCUGAGCGCUGCUUUGUUAGAUUUAAUACAGAGGCCACUUCAACUUAUCUCACAAAUUAAUGUACCUGAAUAUAGCGAUACAGUUGUGACCGAAUUCACUGCAGCAUUCCUUUGUAACCCUUACCCAGAGCCUGUGGAGAUGUUCGUAUUACCUGCUCUCAUAAAUGAUCCCAACAAGCGUUUUCCAUUUCUGUCAUUGUUACAUAGUUUAUACAUGGAUAAGUUUACUUCGGGGCGUCUGGUCAACGAUUCUUGGUUAUUGCAUUCCAUUUUAACCUUAGAGCCACCGGAUUUCGUAAACAGUUUACUCCAAAUAGACAACACAAGACUGCCACACAACCGUAUUGUACUAGAAUAUUUGAAAAUAAUAGCUAAAUUAACUGUUAACGUAUGCAAUAAGCAAAUAACGUAUGAGUACGAGGAUUCGCUGUACAGCCAAGAGACAGCAGCCGAUAACGACGACGAUAGCGACAGUGACACAGAACCGAAUCCAACUUCGAUACGCGAGCAAAUGCUCCUCACAAAAUGUAUAGAGCUAUUGAACGAGCCCGACCGUUGCAUCAUGACAAUGUGCUCACAGAUCACUGACAGUGAGUUGUGCGAUGAGUUCCUUGAUAGUAUGUCGAAGAUAUGCCAUAAUCUACUUCUAAGUCAUAGGACGGCGUUGCAUAAGUAUCGGUUACUUUACACAUUAGCAUUUAAGCCAAUUUUCUUGCGCGACCUUUGGCAGUGGCUUAGCAAUAUGAGCCACGAGUCUUCAUUCGGAGGUUCGGCCACUCCCCUCCUUUCCGCGCUCUCCCGCGGCAUGGGGUCGGAUACUUCCGUUAUUGGAGUGCACAAACUAUUGGCGCCUCUUGCAGUUUUCUGUGCACUGUUUUCUCUGUUGAUUGGUACUCUGCACGACACGGAGUUCUUUAGAGACACAGAGGGUGAUGAAAAAAUGAUUAUAACAAGUUCGUCUACCGCAUGCUUCGGACGCGCCCAUGCGUUUGACUUCUCCGAAUUGGGAGGCCUGUGUCGCACGCUCAAACAAGUGUGUCUCGGCUUAGUGGAGCUUGCGUAUCCGGAGUACAGGCCCUCUGUGAUUGGACAAUACAAGGACGCCGUUGGGAACUAUCAGCUAGAACUGUCCGAUAAGAAUCAAACUCCUGCGUGGGCGCAUUUAUUCAAAGUGUGCACGCAACUCUUGCGUGCGCUAUACGCUCGCGACGCACGGUUAGGGUUCUGUGCGUCACAUCCCGGGAGUCCACUUAGCGCGGCUUGGACAGCGGCUGGGCCGAUAGUACCGGGCGACGGCGCGGAGGCGGCCCUAGCCGCCGCCCGUACACCUCGAUCUGCGAGACCUUACCGAGCCUACGUACCAAGACUGUCGCAGGCGGACCACGACGAGGGUCCGCCGCUAACUAUUAAAGAACUAAGAACUGUUACAAUAUUGAGAGAAAUUCCAUUCGUAGUACCAUUUUCAACUAGAGUAUUGAUAUUCCAAGGUCUUCUAAUUAGGGAAAAACAUGAACACUGGUACGAAAUGACAAACUUCAAUGAGGGACCAUCAAUAAUCAUAAGUGUUCGACGUACGCAUUUAUAUGAGGAUGCAUUUGGCAAACUUAGUCCAGAAAAUGAACCCGAUCUUAAGCUGAAACUUCGCGUGCAAUUAAUAAAUCAGGCAGGCGCGGAGGAACUAGGAGUAGAUGGAGGUGGUUUGUUCAGAGAAUUCCUUUCAGAACUUUUAAAAUCGGCUUUUGAUCCAAAUCGAGGCUUGUUUCGCCUUACCAAAGACAAUAUGCUGUAUCCGAAUCCAGGGGUGCAUUUGCUAUAUGACGAUUUCCCUAUGCAUUAUUACUUCGUUGGAAGAAUAGCGGGAAAGGCUUUGUAUGAGAAUCUACUAGUAGAAUUACCACUAGCGGAAUUCUUCCUGGCGAAGAUGUGCUCUACUCGAGAACCGGAUGUCCAUGCGUUGGCUUCUUUAGACCCCGCGUUGUACAGAGGACUCUUAAUGCUGAAGUCCCACAGGAGAGAGGAUGUUCCCGAUCUCGGCUUGGACUUCACCAUAGUUAGCGAUGAAUUAGGAGAGCAGAGGAUAGAAGAAUUAAAACCAGGCGGUGCAAACAUUCCUGUCACAGCUGAAAAUAGGAUAGAAUAUAUUCAUCUUGUUGCCGACUACAAAUUAAAUAGACAAAUAAGGGCGCAGUGCAACGCGUUUAAACGUGGUCUAACGUCUGUGGUGAACGCGGAAUGGAUCCGAAUGUUCUCCUGCCGGGAGUUACAGCUGUUAAUAUCGGGAGCAGAGGUACCUAUCGAUCUCGAUGACCUUCGAAGACAUACGCAGUAUGGAGGACCUUUCUCGGAGGCGCAUGCCACAGUCAAGUGUUUCUGGCGUGUGGUAGAGACCUUCACAGAUGAGCAGCGGCGUCAAUUGCUUAAGUUCGUCACGAGUUGUUCCAGGCCACCACUAUUAGGAUUUAAGGAUUUACAACCACCGUUCUGCAUCCAGUCGGCGGGUGCGUCAGAUCGCCUGCCGUCAGCUUCCACGUGCAUGAAUCUUCUUAAGAUACCGGAGUACCACUCGGAACAGGCGAUGGCCGAGAAGCUUCUAUAUGCAAUACAAGCCGGCGCGGGCUUCGAACUGAGCUAAGUAAAUCUAUUAAGAGGAAUUAAUGUAACAACUUUUAUACAUAAAACAAAUAUACCUUUCGCGAUAUGUUAUUUAUACCAAUCGUUAAUCUCAAUGUGAUAAACUAAGCUCCUAGCGUAGUAUAUGUAAAUAAAUGUUAAAUUGAGUUCGUAUGUCGUAUUUUAUUUAUUAUGAAGGUCUUGCUCAUACAAAAAUUUACAAAAUGUAGAGAUAUUUUUCGACUUUGUGAUGUAAUACUGAAUUAGUUAGUAGACAUGUAUUUAGUUUUGUGUUUGAAUUUUAUAACUAUGUUAAUAAGUGUAGAAUAACAGUAAGUCAGAUUUCUCUUCCGGAGGCUGUUUGGGUAUAAUAUACAAAUAUCAUUAUGUGAUAUGAUUAUGUGACGGGUGUAAUGUAUGUUUUAAACCAGUUUAAAUUAUACUAUCUCAUCUGAAAGUGUCAAAUAAAUUUGUUAAAACUUUAUAACA